UUUCCAUGAAACAUACAAAUCAUUCAGUUUCAUUGACUUAAAUAUUUUAAUUUCUUAUAAUCAAUUCUGCAUGAGCAGAAAGCAAGAAGCUUACUUUUACCCAUAAUUGAACCCAACGCCACAUUUAUUUAGUUGAAAACAAUGAGUUAGAGAAGAAGACCCAUUAUUUUAUCUCUCAGAAUUUCAACUCAAACAGAUGAUUAAGAGUUCAUAGAAAGGGGCUAAGGUUAUUUUGAAAUUCUGCACUAGCAAAUGGAAGAGGAGGACAUUUACACUAAAGAUGGAACUGUGGAUUACAGAGGGAAUCCUGCUUCUAAGAAGAAAACUGGAACCUGGAGAGCUUGCCCCUUUAUUAUAGGAAAUGAAUGUUGUGAAAGGUUGGCUUACUAUGGGAUGAGCUCAAACCUGGUUCUUUAUUUCAAGAAUAUAUUGAAUCAAUCAAGUGCUACUGCUACUAAAAAUAACUCUGACUGGAGUGGAACAUGCUAUACUACACCGUUGAUCGGAGCAUUUCUAGCUGAUGCUUAUUUUGGAAGAUAUUGGACUAUUGCAAUCUUCUCCAUCAUUUAUGUCAUUGGCAUGACACUUUUAGCAUUAUCAGCAUCUAUCCCCGGUAUAAAGCCAAAAUGUUAUGCAAAAGACGACUGUGAUCCAACUGAUGCACAAAGCGCAGUGUUCUUUCUUGCACUUUACCUGGUAGCCUUAGGCACGGGAGGUAUAAAGCCUUGUGUUUCAUCCUAUGGAGCAGAUCAGUUUGAUGAUACAGAUGAGAAUGAGAAGAAGCACAAGGGUUCUUUCUUUAAUUGGUUCUACUUCUCAAUUAAUGUUGGAGGUCUGAUUGCUUCUUCUGUGCUGGUUUAUGUACAAAUGAACUGGAGCUGGGGAUGGGGUUUUGGAAUUCCUGCAAUAGCCAUGGCAAUUGCUGUUGUUAGCUUCUUUUCAGGAACAAAGCUGUACAGGAACCAAAAGCCUGGAGGCAGCCCUUUCACACGUCUCUUCCAGGUGAUAGUGGCAUCCAUCAAGAAAUACAAAAUUAAAGUGCCUGCUGACAAGGCUCUUUUGUAUGAGAUCUCAAAUGAUGCUGAAUCAAACAUCAAGGGAAGCCGCAGGAUUGAUCAUACCAAAGAUUUCAGUUUCUUCGACAAGGCAGCAGUGGAAACAGAAACAGAUAAUGUAAAGGAUUCAGUAGACCCAUGGAAACUUUGCACAGUAACCCAAGUUGAGGAACUGAAAUCAAUCAUUCGGUUGCUCCCUGUAUGGGCAACUGGUAUAAUCUUUGCUGCAGUAUACAGCCAGAUGAGCAACUUAUUUGUGCUGCAAGGUGAUCAAAUGAACAAAUAUGUUGGCAAUUCCAGUUUCAAGAUCCCAUCUGCCUCUCUUUCUGUCUUCGACACUCUCAGUGUCAUUUUCUGGGUCCCUAUCUAUGACAGAAUUCUUGCGCCAUUUGUAAGAAAAUUCACAGGUCAUAAAAAUGGAUUCACUCAACUUCAGAGGAUGGGCAUUGGCCUUGUCAUAUCAGUAUUUGCCAUGGUAUCUGCAGCAGUUCUAGAACUCACAAGGCUCCAAAUGGUUAGACGACACAACUACUAUGAACUUAAAGAAGUACCCAUAUCCGUAUUUUGGCAAGUUCCACAGUAUUUCCUCAUAGGUUGUGCAGAAGUUUUUACAUUUAUCGGGCAGCUGGAAUUCUUCUACCAGGAAGCACCGGAUGCCAUGAGGAGCUUGUGUUCUGCUUUGUCACUCACUACCGUGGCUCUUGGUAAUUACCUGAGUUCUCUCCUUGUAACCAUUACCAUGAGUAUCACCGCCAGAAAUGGAAAACCUGGGUGGAUACCUGACAACCUGAAUUAUGGGCACAUCGACUACUUCUUCUGGGUGUUGGCAGUACUGAGUGUGCUGAAUUUAGGAGCUUUUCUCUUUAUCUCAAAGUGGUACACAUACAAAACACCAUUGGGAACUCUUCGUUGAUCAAUGAUCAUAUCUCAUUGUUGUUGUUAAAACAACUGUAAAUAAACUCAGUGCUUAUAAGAAUGGGGUUUUCUUGUUUACAGAAAAAUGUAAAAUUCAGUUAAAGCGUUUUACAGUAAA